AUGGUUUCCCCUGACACCCCCAAGCUCUUCACUCCAUUCAAGCUGGGUGGGUCGAAAUCCCCCGUGGAGCUCAAUCGCCGCGUCGUAAUGGCUCCUUUGACGCGUUUGCGUACCGGUGAGAGCGGUGUCCCUACUGUCCUAAUGGCCGAGUACUACGCGCAGCGUGCCACGGAUGGAGGUCUCCUCAUCGCCGAAGCCGCCAACAUAAGCCCAACCGCCCGCGGGUACUUUGGAGCCCCUGGGCUCUUUAACCAAGCCCAGAUCGAUGGCUGGAAGCUGUUGACCAAGGCUCUCUGGCACACGGGGCGUGUGGGUCACCCGUUGAACCAGCCCGACGGGCAAUUGCCAGUGUCCUCGAGUGCCACGCGCUCUGAGGACAUCACCACCCACGCCGUCAAGCGCGAAGAUCGCAAGGACUACGUCACCCCUCGAGCUCUGGAGAUUGAGGAGAUCCCGGGCUUCGAUGGUGUGGAGAUCCAUGCUGCCAACGGAUACCUCCUCGAGGAGUUCUUGUGUGAUAGCGUGAACCAGUGCACCGACCGCUACGGUGGUAGUAUCGAGAACCGCGCACGGCUCACAUUGGAGGUGGUGGAGGCCAUUCUGUCCAGUCUCCCUUCGAGCCAAGUCGCCAUCCGCUUGUCUCCUUUUGGUGACACGUUCGGCUGCAAGGACUCGAAGCCUCGUGAGAUGUACGGGUACGUCGUGAACAAGCUCAACGACUACGACCUGGCUUACCUUCACGUCAUUAAGCGCCGCGGCAUGCACGCACCCAACGUCCAAGUGCCUGAAGUCGGCGUUGCUCGUAAUUUCCGGUUCCUUUACAAGGGCGUGCUGGUCACCGCUGCGGGCUUCGAUCAGGGGAAUGCGGUCCAGACGGUCGAGGAAGGAGUGGCCGACUUUGUGGCAUUCGGUCGCGACUUCAUUGCAAACCCCGACCUCGUGGAACGUCUGCGCAGCGGAGCGGAGUUGAACACUCAAAACCGAAAUUUGUUCUACCCACAGCCUGGUGAUCCGCUUGAGACUGGGUACACGGGCUAUCCGUUUCUGAUCCAGAACUAG